AUGCGACGCCGCGCUUUCAUCCUCACCUUUGUGGCAGCGCUCGCCGUGGCCAAGUGCUCCAACACGAUCGAGCCUAGCUACGAUCAUCCCGUUCCAGCUAAGGGCUGGUCCUGGCGCCUUGUCGCGAACGGCCUUACCAAGCCCCGCAGUAUCACGUUCGACAGUGCCGGGGCUCUGCUCGUCCUCGAUGAGGGUGCGGGGAUCAACCGCCUCGUCCUGCAGGACGACGGUGGAACGUGCCUGAGCGUCAAGGAGAAGACGGUCGUGGUUGCUAACAGCACGCUCGGCCACGGCCUCGCGCUCGGCGGCAACGGAGUCCUGUAUGCGUCGACACGUAACGAGGUGUUGUCCUGGGCGUACGAUGCAGGUGCGGGGACCGUGGACGCCAAUUCGAAGCGCACGCUCGUGACCAACAUGACCAACGCGGGGCAUACCUCGCGCACGCUCCUGUUAUCCCAGGCGUCGCCUGGCUGGCUCAUCGUGUCGCGCGGUAGCGAGGGUAACGAUGACCCUCUUGCCGAAGUCGAAGCGAGUGGCCACAGUCAGAUCCGCGCCUUUGACGUUGGGGCGCAGCGUGAAACGCCGUACAACUACCCUUCAGACGGGAAGCAGCUCGGCUGGGGUCUGCGCAACAGCGUUGGUGUCGCCGAGCAUCCUGCAACUGGCGGGGUGUGGAGUGUCGAGAACAGCGUCGACGACCUCACGCGCUCCGGCAUCGACAUUCACGCCGAUAACCCUGGCGAGGAACUCAACUACCACGGCACGCUUGCCAACAUUGAAGGAGGAAACUACGGGUACCCAGUGUGCUAUGCACUGUGGUCGACCGACGCGCCUUUCCCCGGGCUAGGUGACAUGAAGACUGGCAGCCAGUUUGCUCCAGACCGCAAUGGCAACCAGUUGGCACCCAACGACACGAUAUGCAACACCGCAUACAAAGCGCCCGCGCUCACGUUCCAGGCCCACACUGCUCCGCUGGAUAUUGAGUUUGACAAGGAUGGCGGGAACGCUUACGUGUCGUUCCACGGUAGCUGGAACCGGCCAGACAAGGUCGGAUACAGCGUCAACGUCAUCUCCUGGGACCCUGCGUCCGGUCAACCGCGCGCGUCUUCAGACUCCAAGGAUGCGGCUGUGCCAGUGCUCAGCAACAAGGACCUGUCCAAGUGCCCAAAGGGAUGCUUCCGCCCCGUUGGUCUGGCUUGGGGAAGUCAGGAGCGGCUUUUUGUUGCCAGCGACACGACGGGAGAGAUCUACGUGGUCGUCAAUGACGGUGGAAAGGACAGCAGUGCCAAGUCCCUGACCCCAUCUGUAGCUCUGUUCACAGCUGCCGCGAUCCUUGGAUACUUAUUGUAG